AGCACCUUCUCAUAAUUUGGAAUCGGCUAAGUCGGGAGAGAUUUAUCUAGAGAACAUGAUAGAUUAGUGGCUUUCAUUUUCACCUGGAUAAACCCACCUGGAAUGCAUACUUUCAUUAUUGUUCAGUACAUUAGCAUAUGAAAUCAGCUUGUGUUUCGGCUAUAAGGUGGAGCCACAUUGCUACAUCUGCGCCACAAAACUCUGAUCAUGUCCUUUCAGCACUCCUUUCACCAUCUUAAUCACUCAGUUUCGAUAAAAGGGCAUGUUGGUUCAUAAUACGGAGACGGGAAUGUAAAAUGUUUUACCUGACUAAUGACCAAGAGGGUGUUGUCACAAAUGACUAGAUAUAAUAGCAUUUACUUCUAUUAAUGUGGUGAAAGGAUUGACCCUGUUGUGAAAAACAACUGAUCUACAAUUGUCAGAAAUAGUUUCAAGAGUCUGUAUUACAUUAUUAUACUCCUAUAUGGUUCAGUAAAAUAGCACAUUGAUAUGAGGUUAAGGAGAGAUGCAAUUGUGAAUUUCCUAUAUAAAAUAUGUAGUGAUCUUUAGAAAUUUUAACUCUUUAUUUUUUGAUACAUAUCUAUGGGAAUGUGUGUUAGCAAGUGUGUGUUUGUUUAAAGUUUAAGUGUGAGGCAAAUAUGAUGUAUCCUUUGUACAUGACAAUAUUACUAAAUUCUCCUUGUUUUUUUAAAUAAUUCAAUUACUUUUCUUCAGAUGGGUAGAGUCCCUGAAUUACGUACAUACACUAAACAUUGCAAUGUAGAAACCAAAAAAUGAGGCAACAGUUAGCCUACUAGAUGUAAGGGAUAAAUAGGUGGAGGUCACGCCCAUCAUACGUAACCCUGAGUCUCAUGUGACAAUGAAUGAAUGUCUUAUUCUAUUCAAAGUCUUCUGUCCCUUCAGGCAGUACAUGCCAAGUCUAUAGAACAUACCAUCAUUUGGUCAGCAAGUAUAUCUCUGCAGGGAAUGUGUAAGUCUAAGAUGUGAAAAGCAUCUGGAGGGACAUCCGUGAAGAGCCAGGAGGUGCUGGGUAUGAGUGAUGGAAGGUUUUAAUAUAAUGUAUAGCAAUGUCUUAAUAGCUUGGGAUUAAGUUCAAAUGUGGAAGCUGACUAUAAUUUCUUUUUUUAAAGAGUGCUAAGAAGAAUAGCCAGAAUCACUAAUGAGUUUCUGAAGAUCUAGGGAAGGUCAACGAAUUCCUGAAAUUUUACUUUGCGGAAGUACUGCUGCUUUGAACUACUGCCUCAAGGAUAACAUAAAAAUGCUUGUUAGUAGCAUGGUGCACAAAGAUCUCCGGCCGAAGAAUGUAGGAAGAAGGGCCUAGCUAGAUAAGAAGACAUGUGACCUCAGAUUAUUUUCUACAACAAUGUCAAUGUGUCUAUAUUUAACACAUUCUCUCAGCUGAAACCAACUGUCUGAGUAGAGCCUGUUUUGUAGUCUUCAUGGUCUCUGGGCUCUUUUAUGGGUUUUUAUAGGUACUUCUGUUUCCUCCAGCAGUAAAAAGCACAAGGUCCAAGUGAAUUGGUUUCUUUUAGCUGCCCUUUGUGUGAGACUACGCCCUGGCAUUCUGUCCAGGGUGCCCACUGCCUCAUGCCUGGGAUAGGAUCCAUUCUCAUUCCUCAUAUUGAUCCUGUGCUAGAAGAGUAACCUGGAAAGGUCAUGGAUGGAUGAAUCCAUGUAUGCUGGAUGCUCCUCAUGGAACUGUUACACAACCUGUUACCUCAAUUCCCUGCUUCAAGGUGGUGCACCCAGAGCUUCCUCCAGAUCAAUUGCAGAGAACACAGGGUCAUGUGAGGUCCGGAGCCUAUCCCAGAGGCUAUGGGCACAAGGCAAGGAACGACCCAGAAUGGGGCACCAACCCAUGGCAAGGCACACUCAGACACCAGUCCCACUAUAUCCAAAGCUUAAAAGAUUUAUAUUUCCAUUUAUACAUACUGUCCAUAUCUAAGGUGACCAGAUAAUCCAUGUCAGGAGGACACUUUGAGUGAAGACAUGAUUUGUAAACUAACCUGGAUUUCACUUAAGCACUGAGUUCUUGCUAUGUGCUGUUUGGUCAGUCUCCUGUAAUCAUGCAUGUGUCACUAAUGUUAAUGUCAAAGCACAAGAUGAGCUGAACUCUUUAGCCAAGCACAGGAGCCUUUCAGUUUUAAAGUAGUUUGUAAAACCUGAAGUAGCUCGAGGUGUCCUCCCUGACAGGGAUUAUCUGGUCUUCCUAUCCAUAUUUUAGCCAUUAUGCUACCCACUAUCUCUGUACUUUAUUCCUCCUAUGAUUUGUUGCAAUGCUAUUCCUGGGCUGUUCUAACUGGAGUUCUGCAUGUCAUUUUAAUGAGAAAUGUAAUGGAUUUACUGCACGAUAGGAGAUUGAGGACUGCGCAUAUAGCUGAACUUGCUUGCAGUGAAUGGCUGCGAUGUGUCCCAGCGUCUCAUUGGACGCCGCGCGGGCUGUCAUUAAGAAGGGCUGGCCGCAGGAGCCUAUCCAGCAAAGACGUGUUUCUUUUGAAAAGAGGAAGGUGCUAUACCUGUGAUACUGUUAUCUUACUUUCCUUUUACGUUGUCUGAGUUUCUGUUAUUGAACAGAUAGUCGAGAGCACUUUAGGUAUUCAGUCCGAAAGCAUGUGACAGCGUAUCCGCAGCUGAAGCCUUUUGCUGAAGUUUAGUCUGUUGUUUUCUCUUGGGUGUUGGGUUGUUCGGUAUUCGCCGGUGCUGUUAAAAGUUACUGUAUAGUGACAUGAAAUAGGGUUAAGUUACUAAACGUAGGCGUCAUCUCACUACUGGACCUCGAAUUCACGUGUAGAUACCGAGACGAGGAAAAGCCGGACUCAACAAUGACCAACAAAAACGGGAUGGUGAUGAAAAUCCAAACGCCGAUCCGUACGGACUCGUUUAAAAGCAGUUAUGAUGUGGUUGGCAAAACACUGGGCAGGGGUAAGUUUGCUGUGGUGAAGAAGUGUGUCGAAAAGUCGACUGGGAAGGAGCAUGCAGCCAAAUACCUGAAGAAGAUGCGCAGGGGGCAGGACUGCCGCUCAGAUAUUAUCCAUGAGAUCGCCGUGCUGGAGUAUGCGAAAUCCAACCCCUUCGUUGUAUCCCUCCAUGAAGUCUAUGAGACGACAAAAGAGAUGAUCCUGGUGCUUGAAUAUGCAGCCGGUGGGGAGAUUUUUGACCAGUGUGUAGCGGACGAGACCUUCCCAGAGCGGGAUGUCAUCAGACUCACCCAGCAGAUCUUAAAGGGCGUUGCUUGUCUGCACCGUAACAAUGUAGUACACUUGGAUCUGAAGCCUCAGAAUAUCCUGCUGACCAGCUCCCAGCCCUUGGGUGACAUCAGAAUCGUGGACUUUGGUCUGUCCAGAUGCAUGGACAACAAGGAGGAGGUUCGGGAGAUAAUUGGGACACCGGAGUAUGUGGCCCCUGAAGUCCUCAACUACGAGGCCUUAAGUCCAUCCACAGACAUGUGGAGCAUUGGUGUCCUGACCUAUGUCAUGCUGACAGGAUCGUCCCCAUUCCUGGGUGAUAACAAACAGGAGACCUUCCUGAACAUCUCGCAGGGCAAUGCGGACUACUCCCAGGAUGUCUUUGAGGGAGUGUCUUCCCUCGCCAUCGACUUCAUCAAGACCCUCCUUGUCCAAGAUCCUAGAGAGAGACCCUCUGCUGAAGACUGUCUGGCUCAUCCCUGGCUGAUGGGGGGGUCUAAGCCGCCCACCCACCUCCACUCUACCCUGUUGCCUAGCCAAGCUGAGCCCGAGACCAGCCAGUCAGAAUCGGACUCAGAACCUGAGAGUCCAGUCCCCUCCCGGGAUCUGCUCUACAUGACGCCCUACUGCUCCAGCCAGCGUGAGAUGAAGGCCAUUCGGGGCACCUUCUCGUGCGACGAGCCCUUUCCCAGCCUCCCCGAGAUCCCGCAGAAGUGCGUCUGCUGAGCCAGCUUGACUAUGGACCGUCAGUUAGCCCCUGUGGUUAUCAUUAUUGUUAUUGUGUUGUUUUUUUAAGGCACUUUGAGGUUGUGCAAUGGCCAUGUCUGAAUGUGGCAGUUUGACAUGCUGUCAAGGAAUCUGUAGCCAUGCUUUGAAGAAGGAAUGUUAAAAAGCCCAUGCAUUAUCUCCAAGUCAUUAAGAGGAUUUUUCCCACCGUUUCUUUCUUCUUAAUUUAAAACAAACCUGUUAUAGAUGUCCAUCAUACACUGUGGUAAAGGUAUCUCAGUUCUUCUUUUGUUUUCUAUGUUGAACUUUUCUCCUUUUAUCUCCGUUAAGAUGGCCUGGAUCCAGAGAUCAGGGAAUAUAUGCUAACCUAGAAAAGGGUUGAAGUAACAGUUGUGACACAUGUUCCCUCCUCUAUAUUUUUGUUUUCCCCUUGAAAUUUUAUUUUAUGGGCAUAAGUAAAAAGCCUGUAUGUGUUGUACUAUGAGGGUUAUAUACAACAACUAUUAGCUUGCUUGGUACUUUUUAUUUGUGAAGUUUCAAGGAGUGACAGACCAGUGCUGAAGUUCAUAAUUUUCACGUAGUUUUUGCUUGUAUUUGGUUCUGUGUGUGUCCUCAAAUCAAGAUAACCAAGUACCUGAAUUAAACGAGAAUAAUAAAGGAAAGAAUUGUUUACUGCCUUCUUUAGUUAGAUUGACCAACUUCCAAGCACUUUGUCAGAAAAUGGACUGAUAUCUCACGGUGUCCAAAAAUCUUAAUUUAUUACUUUGGAAAAUUUAUUGCAUAUUUUUCACACCUGAGUUUUGUUUUUAAUCUCAUAUAAAUGCCCAGUCAUUGCUGCUAAAAUUGUGUUAUUCAGAUUGACAUGGAUUUUGUUGAUGUUUUAAAGUUCUCUGCCUUAUUUCCUUGACUUUUCCAAACUGAGUAAUAUUUUGUAAAAGUUCUUGAAAGGAAAAUCUGAAAUACAGCGUCAUGCUUAGCAGCUCAAAGCUGGCUGCAUUAGUAAUGCCUUGAAGUUUUAUAUGCAGAGAAAUUUCCGGAACAAGCAUUAAAUCAAAAUAUUCAUACAUAGGACUGAAAUGUGUAUAUCUGUCUAUUUAGUUUUUAGGUUAAUAUCCUCAAUUUUUUUCUGUUGUCAAUUUGAUUGUUUUAAUUCAUGUAUAAAUAUAUAAAGUGCUGUAUUAACUUGU